GUCUGGGAUUCUACAACAUCAGAUCGAACUCUGCACUGCCGAAGAUAUCUUCUUCUUUGGAACGAUGUCAGACGUAAAAGAGGUUAGAAAUGAUGCGAAAGCCUCCGUAGCCGAUGAUGAACCGGAUGACUGGGACAAGAGAAUCUUCAGCACAGGAUGCGCCGCCGAGAACAUGAAGAUGACCGACUGUUACUAUGAAACGAAAGACUGGAGGGCUUGCAAGAAAGAGAUGGAAGAAUUUCGAGAAUGCUGGAAACGCAAUGGAAAUAUCCAAAGAACAAGUCAGAAAGAUGCUUAGACUGCCACUCUCCGUAGGCAGUCGGAACGGGCUCUCCUCGAGCCGUACUCCGUUUGCCUCAUGUACAUGUAAUUAAUGUACGAAAUUCCCACUCUUUUUUUCUUUCAUGUACACGACUUUAUAAAGGUCAAAUAAGAUAAAAAAAAAGUGUUUGACAGAUCCACUGCCGAAAGGAGAUCUAUAGGGCUUCCAAUAUUUGUGCAAAGUAAUGACCUAGAGAGAGGGCAAAGAAUGACGAACCCUUAUGGGAUAUGCAUGAGAUGUGUAAGCAGUUACCUUACUCUUGUCAAGUCUCCGAGGGCUGCUACUUGACGAAGAAAUGGAUUUUCUUUUCCUCUUUUAACAAAAGAAAGCCCGGAAACCGUCAAGUAAUGAAUCUAAGUUAGGACCCAUUGUGUCUGGAGUGCUUCCUUCGGCGGAGAGUUAGGAGGUUUAUUCUCAUUUCUUACAGGAUUGGGCUUCGG